UCGAAGACCUCCUCAGAGUUUCAGGUACAGGAAAAUGCCUGUGUAACCAGUCUCGUAGCUUGGUUUACAUCUUACGGCACUGGGCUGGUAGGCUUAAGGUGAAAUAUAAACACUCCUGCUGCUGCAUGAAAAGAAUGAUGAAGAAAAACGGUUAUUUUCAGUUUUUCCAUUAGAUGGAAAGUUUUUCAGUUCAUCUAGCUGAUGAGAAGAGCUCAGGAUGUAUGGGGGGAUUUGGGCCUGGAUUUUGGUGCUUGUGCUACGCUGUUGGAGUGGUCUGAGCCAGCAGGUGCCCUUCAUCCCAGCAAACUGCAAUGACGACAUUAGAUUGCCGUGCAGCGUCAGUGAUCCAGGUAGCAAUUAUCGCUAUAUGGUCUGGUACAGAAAUGACACUGCCAUCAUUAAAAGGAAGAUCAAUGAAGUGACAUUUUAUAACAAGUCCUCUCCUGCAUCUCUGGGAGUUCAAGACACACUGGUGUUACAGAAUGUGCAGCCGUCUGACUCUGGAUAUUACCAAUGCUUCUUGGCUGCAGAAGUUGGCAAAAAAGACAGACAGUCAUUUGUCUCACUCACAGUUUCAGAGUGUGUGACUGUUAGUCCAACCUGGACUACAUCUGGAAAUCUGUGCAUUCUUGAUGUAGUAGAAAUUUCUAUUCUGUGGUCUCUGACUGGUUUUAGUCUUAUCAGCCUGUCUAAAAUCAUCUUCUGCUUCAUAACUGUCAAAGUUUGCAAGCGGCGCAGAGGAAGUGAAGCGAGACACAGAAGCGGGAGACGGAGAAACGAUUGUCACAAACACAGGGAGUUUUUUUCACCAACCCACUAACUAACUCUCCCCAUAACACGACAACUGCUACCCGGGGUGGGGGGAGGGGGACUCCUCUGAGACAUGUGAAGCUAGCCAACCACAUAUUUUCAAACUACUGCUUAUGCUACGUUACAGGGAAGUGUAUCACACACACAAGAAAGCACUAUCUGCCCUAUUCUGCAUAUAUGAGCUUACAGAUCCCUGCGAUUGGCUAGUGUUGUUCUGAUUGACAGGGGAGAUAGUGAAUGCCAUCCCUCCUAUCCUGGGAGCAUAGCCAAUUUUUGCUCUCUUGACACACAGAUGGCUGUGGUAUCAUCAGGAUUUGAACUCAUGACCUCUCGAUGAAAGGUUGAACACUUUUUUGUGCCAUUCAGGAGAUAAGCGAGGCUUCUUCUAACCCAAAAGUAGCACAUAGGCAGAAAGUGGCCAAUCUCAGAGCUGCAAUAAUUGGUAACUAAUAUGAAGGUUAAGCAGUAUUAAAACCUCUCACAAAUAUAGGUAUAAAAUGCCAAAAAUAUGUACAUACAUUCCUGAAUAGUUGUUGCACAAAUGAAAGCCAUCUUUUGUAAAUGCAUAAAACAUACUAUAAUACAUGAAUGCAUUUUAAGACUUUUGUAUGUGUACUCUGCAAUUUUGAAUAUGAAUUUGCAACAAAUUGUGUCCACAGAGCAUUGCUAUUCUCACUAAUAACAGUUUCAGAUAUUUAUGGCUUGCUCUAACAGAAUGAUCCUCUGCUAUGGUGUAUUUUCUAUUAUUUAUUUGUCACUGUACCACUGUUGUCAUUCUGGUCUGAUUCAUUUACUACUGAUGUCACAGUUCAAGGCUGGAUUGGGACACAAAACUUUACUGAGAAUUUAAAGUUUCUGGCAGCUUUCAGGACUGAAAAAUCAUGAAAUUGAUUUUUGUUCUUCAGUAACCGCAUCAUUCUACUAAUGAUCACGGUGGAUCCAGAGCCUAUCCUGGGAACAUCAAGCACAUGGCAGGAAUACGAGUUGGUGAUAGUCUAUAGGUGGUUAGUUGACUGUUUGUAAAGCGUCUAAAGUUUCUCUCCAAAUAAAGUGCUAACAGUUGA